AGGCCUGAUGAAAAUGAAAGAAGAAAAGCGAGAUCUGAAUGAAGUAGAGGAGAAAUAUCAGGAUCAGAAACAUCAUGAUGUCAAUGGAGAAAAAUCAGCCUAAUGAAAAUGAAUGAAGAAAGGCAAGAUCUGAAUGAGGUGGAGGAGAAAUAUCAGGAUCAGAAAGAUCAUGAUGUCAAUGGAGAAAAAUCAGUGAGUUCCAGCCUUAAAAAAACAGGAGUCAAGAGGCCUUUCAGCUGUUCUCAGUGUGGAAAGAGUUUCAUACGUAACAGUAAUCUUAAGACUCACAUGUUAAUUCAUACUGGGAUAAAGCCUUUCAUCUGUUCUCAGUGUGGAAAGAGUUUUACACGGAGAGCCAGCUUAAAGGAUCACAUGUUUAGUCAUACUGGAAUAAAGCCUUUCAUCUGUUCUCAGUGUGGAAAUAGUUUUACACUGAAAGCUAGCUUAAAGGAUCACAUGCUAAUUCAUACUGGAAUAAAGCCUUUCAGCUGCUCUCAGUGUGGAAACACUUUUAGACGCAAAGAAGGCCUUGAGAAGCACAUGUUUAUUCAUACUGGGAUAAAGCCUUUCAGUUGCUCUCAGUGUGGAAAGAGUUUUACACUGAAAGCUAGCUUAAGGCAUCACAUGUUAAUUCAUACUGGAAUAAAACCUUUUAGAUGCUCUCAGUGUGGAAAGAGUUUUACAUCUAAAGUAGGCCUUAAGAACCACAUGAUAAUUCAUACUGGAAUAAAGCCUUUCAGCUGCUCUCAGUGUGAAAAGAGUUUCAUAUGUAACCGUAAUCUUAAUAGGCACAUGUUAAUUCAUGCUGGGAUAAAGUCUUUCAGCUGCUCUCAGUGUGGAAAGAGUUUUACACGGAAAGAAGACCUUAAGACUCAUUUGGUAACUCACACUUCAGAAAAUCCUUUCUGCUGCUCUCAGUGUGGAAAGUGUUUUACAUAUAAAUCCAGCCUUAAGAGGCACAUGUCAAUUCAUACUGGGUAAAAGUCUUUCAUUUGCUCUCAGUUUGGAAAAACUUUUACACAGAAAGGACAUUGCAGGGUUCAUUUGGUAACCCACUCUUCAUAAAACCCUUUCACCUUGGGGAGUUAAAGUAAAUGAAGUGUAAAAUGAAAAUUCUGUAGGGAAUAAAUAAAAUGAAUUGAACUGCA